GGAGCUCUCACUCCCUGCCCUGCUCCACUUCACUGCCUCCACUCCGACGACCUGCCGCCUCCAUUUGAAGUUUUGCUCUGCCUCUCGGCCCCAAGCAGGGUCGUACACGGCUGCAGCGCUGCACCACGACGAGCUCGGUAAAUACGGAUCAAAAGAGCAGAAGGACGGAUCGUCGACAGAAAGGCAGUUAGUGCAGAAGCAGGCACCAUGUCCGCCCCCACAAACCCAGAGGUGAAGGAACUGAACCCUGUCGACUUUAUCCAGCUACAACAGUACAUUGAAUAUUGCAGCUUGAAGGUGAAAGAUGUGCUGAAGGAGUUCGAUAAAGAUGGCAGACUGGCCCAGCACAGGCACGGAGAGUGCAUAAAUGAAGAAGGCUUUCGUCAGUUCCUGAAGACUUAUUUAGAAGUGGAGGAUUUCCCUUCAGAUCUCUGCCAACGACUCUUCCGCUCCUUCCAGAACUCUAAACCCACCCAGGAAGACGGCACUAAGGAGGUCUUCCUCAAGGAUGUUUCAUGUUACUUCUCUCUCCUGGAGGAUGGCCAGCCCAGGGAUAAACUAGAAUUUGCUUUCAGGCUCUAUGACAGAGAUGGUAAUGGAGUACUUGACAGCUCUGAAGUAGAUCGGAUUAUUGCUCAGAUGAUGCAUGCUGCAGAAUAUCUUGACUGGGAUGUGUCAGAGCUGAAGCCUGUUCUGAAGGACAUGAUGACAGCGAUUGAUGCUGACAGCAGCGGCACAGUGUCUCUGGAUGAGUGGGUAGAAGGAGGCAUGAACAACGUCCCCUUGCUCGUCCUGCUGGGUUUAAAGAUGACCCAAAAGGACGGGCAGCACCUCUGGAGGUUGAAAAACUUUAAAUCGCCCGUGUACUGCAACGUGUGUCAGAGCAUGCUGCUGGGUUUGAGGAAGCAAGGCCUGUGCUGCACCUGUUGCAAGUACACAGUUCAUGGACGUUGUGCUAACAAGAACCCAGCUCCUUGUACCAGGACGUACGUCAAGUCAAAGAAAGAAACUGGGGUUCCAACGCACGACUGGGUGAGUGGGAACUGCGAUUCAAGAAAGUGUGAUCGAUGCCAAAAGAAGAUCAAGAGCUUCCAAGGCUUAACGGGCAAACGCUGUGUGUGGUGUCACACCAUGUGCCAUGAUGACUGUGCAGACCAGGAGCCAACAGAGUGUACCUGUGGACCGCUCAGAGACCAUGUCCUGCCUCCGUGGGCAAUAUAUCCUGUUAUAAAGGAGAGACCAAACAAUGUGAAGAAUGGCUGCUCAGGGUCAACGGAUGAGAGUGACCUCAACAUUACUCCUGAAGGACAAGUGCUGCAGAUCAGCCCUGUGCCAAAUACCCAUCCUCUUCUAGUGUUUGUCAACCCUAAAAGUGGUGGGAAGCAGGGAGAAAGAGUCCUGCGUAAAUUUCAGUAUUUACUGAAUCCAAGGCAGGUGUACACCCUUUCAAAUGGUGGUCCUGGACCAGGACUUAGCUUCUUCAGACACCUCGAGGACUUCAGAAUCUUGGUAUGCGGUGGAGACGGCACAGUUGGCUGGAUUCUCGAUGCUAUAGACAAAGCCAACCUUCAGGUACGGCCACCUGUUGCUGUACUUCCUCUGGGUACAGGAAAUGACCUUGCACGAUGUCUGCGUUGGGGUGGAGGAUACGAUGGAGAAGACCUGGGUCGUAUUCUUAAAGACAUCGAGGGCAGCUCCCAGGUGCACAUGGACCGCUGGAGCGUGCAUGUGAUAUCAGAUGAGAUACAGGAGAAGGGGGAUCCAGUGCCGUAUGAAAUCAUCAACAACUACUUCUCAAUAGGAGUUGAUGCCUCUAUUGCUCAUCGCUUUCACACAAUGAGGGAGAAACAUCCUCAGAAAUUUAACAGCAGAAUGAAGAACAAGUUGUGGUAUUUUGAAUUUGCCACUUCAGAAACCAUAUCUGCUUCCUGCAAGAAACUGAAUGAAAGCUUAACAAUAGAGUGCUGUGGCACUCCUCUGGACCUCAGUGGCUUCUCUCUGGAAGGAGUUGCUGUCCUCAACAUUCCCAGCAUGCACGGUGGCUCCAACCUCUGGGGUGAAACCAAAAAAGUGGACACUAAGGGGCUAACAAGUCAGGAUGAGCCUGAGGUGAUCAUCAACCCAGAGGUCCUGAAAAUUACUUCUCAAGAUCUCAGUGAUCGUCGGCUGGAGGUGGUUGGCCUUGAAGGAGCCAUGGAAAUGGGACAGAUCUAUACCGGCCUCAAAAGUGCUGUGCGGCUUGCAAAAACUUCCCAGAUCACCAUCAGGACAAAGAAAGCAUUACCCAUGCAGAUCGACGGAGAGCCGUGGAUGCAGCCCCCCUGCACGAUUCACAUCACACACAAGAACCAAGCCUGUAUGUUGAUGGCUCCACAGGCCAAGUCCUCAGGUUUCUUCAAGUAGAGCCCACAGACCGAGUGCACGAGCUCACUGUAUACAGACUGACACUUUAAUCAUAGAAUCAGUGUAUGGUGUAGAGUAUCCACAUUAUUACAGAACCUUUCAAGCAUCUUACGGCUCCAUAGCACACAUUUCUAGCAUGCAUGGCAUUGUAUGACAAGAAAUGUUUGCAUCGU